CAAUCUGACCGUUGCGACAGCGGCGGCGCGGCUUCCCCCUCCACCUUCCUAUUGAGCGCGGUUCCCCUCCCCUUCCCCGGAGAAAUCGCCGGCGACUCCCCGACGAUGGCCACCGGCGUCCACGCGGCAGGCCCCUCCCCGGCGCCGGCGGAGGCUCCGUGCAGCCCGGUGUCCCCGCUCGAGGCGGCGGGAACGGACUACGAGCGGGUGCGGGCCGCGCGGAUCCGGGAGAACAUGGAGCGGAUGCGGAAGCUCGGCAUCCUCGACCUCGCGCUCGCGCACACCCUCACCAGCUCCUCCCUCGCAGCGGCCGCGGCCGGCUCCUGCUCGGGCGGGGGCGCCGGCAGGGGGAGGCCGCGGCGGAAGCCCGUGGAGCCGGGGUCCGACGGGGCGCCGCCGCCCAAGGCCAGGCCCGCGCCGCGUGCGCCCGCGCGGCGGUCGCUCAGGUUGACGAACGUGGAACCAGUCAGCUAUUGUGAAAUUCAGCCCAAGAAGGAGAGAGAUCCUCAAGGUGUUAGAACUGAGUUACUAGAGGAAGGAGCCAAGGAAGAAAUAUACACUGAGGAGCACGAGAAGCUUUUGGGUACAUGUAAUACUCCUUGGACUCUCUUUGUCGAUGGUUGUGACAAAGAUGGUAAGCGCAUCUAUGAUCAAGUGAGGGGCCAGACCUGUCAUCAGUGCCGGCAGAAGACUCUUGGUCAUCACACAAGCUGCUGCAAAUGCCAGAUUGUCCAAGGGCAGUUCUGUGGAGAUUGUUUGUACAUGAGGUAUGGCGAGAAUGUGCUUGAAGCUAAGAAGAAUCCCAGCUGGAUAUGUCCCGUUUGCCGUGGCAUUUGUAAUUGCAGUAUAUGCAGAACUAAGAAAGGAUGGUUCCCUACUGGUUCUGCAUAUAGGAAGGUUGUCAAACUUGGGUACAAAUCUGUGGCUCACUAUCUAAUUGCAACACAGCGAGCAUCAGCUAACACAGAGGAUUCAAGCUCAGCUGACUUCUCAAACAAUCAGCUUCCUGACAAAUCAGAAACCUCAUGUGUUUCUGACCAUGAUGCUACAGCUGCCAAGGAGAGCCUAGAGGAUGGAGAAACGAGUAGCAAAGCUAAGCAGAGCAAAGCAAAUCGCCGCCAAGCUAAGAACUCUGAUGGCCACAAGGAUGAUAGCAGAAGCAAUCGCCGCCAAGCGAAGAACUCUGAUGGCAACAAGGAUGAUAGCAGAAGCGAGUCAGUGGCGACAUCUGAUGCUCACAAUGAUCAGGCCAAUAAGGAUGCUGGAUGUGUCACUCCAUCGUCUAAGCCAACUUCAAGGAAGAGGAAGUACGAACGAAGUGAGUCCGGGGUGACAUCUGAAUCUCACAAUGAUCAGGCCAAUAAGGAUGCUGUAUGUGUCACUCCAUCGUCUAAGCCAACUUCAAGGAAGAGGAAGUACGAACGAAGCCCAGACUGCAUUGCAAGCAGGCUGCGAUCCCGGUCCAACAAGCCAUGAACAUUGGAUCCUAUGAGAACAAACUCCCGUUUGCUUUUGUGAUCCCAGUCCAAGUGGGUUCCAUGGUGUGUAGGGUCACAAGACUGCAUUUUGUGUCUGCCCAGUAGAUGCAGGGAAUCGGUAGACGGCGAUUGUUGUUGUUUGGGGGUUGGGGGGGUUCCAUGGUGUGCAGUUUGUGUCUGCCCAGUAUUAUGUAAAGCUGUGUUACAGCUUUAAACUAUGUUUACUGCAAAGAGGGAUUGCGGAUUUGUGGUACUAA